AUGGAUUCAGUGCCCUUGUCAAAGAUUUUUAGACGACUUUUAUCCCAUCAGACAUGCUCCAAGUUGCGCUACCAUGACCCAACACCCCGCAAAUUGAACACUAUUUACUAUGGAAGGAGAUAUUAUCGCAAGAGUAGAGGCGAUGAAGAGUAUCGGGAGGAUAAGCAGCUCAGCAACUGGCAGCAGCGAACAGAGAUUUUGCCGCCGGAUAAGCUUCAAGAAUAUCAGAAAGCGCCAAUGGUCAAUGCCAAUGGAUUGCGAAGCCGUCGAGAGAGACCAAAAGGCGUGAAGAUGCUCACUCGAGAUUUCAUCGACGAUAGUCUAUACAAUCCAAACUACGGCUACUUCCCCAAACAUGCCACCAUCUUCACCCCUGGCAAGCCCUUUGACUUCAACGCCCUGGCAGACGAGCCCGCGUUCCACAGGGAGCUCGGCAAGCGAUAUACCAGCUUCGAAGACGAUCUCGACGCUGAAUCAUUCAACGAGACACGCCAACUAUGGCACACUCCAACAGAGCUCUUUUUGCCUUAUUACGGUGAAGCAAUCGCUCGCUACCUAGUAACAAAUUAUAAACUCUCCCACCAUCCGUAUCACGACCUCAUAAUCUACGAGCUUGGGGCCGGCAACGGCACAUUGAUGCUCAACAUAUUAGAUUACAUACGAGACUACCAUCCCGACGUCUACCCUCGCACAAAAUUCAAAGUCAUCGAAAUCUCCUCUGCACUUGCGACACUCCAAACAAACCAGCUCACGCGCACAGCCUCCUCACGCGGCCACGUGGGUCACGUCGAAAUCAUCAACCGCUCUAUCUUCGCGUGGGACACCUACCUCCCCGCACCCUGCUACUUUCUCGCUCUUGAAGUUUUCGAUAACUUCGCACAUGACAGCAUUCGCUACGAUCCCAUUACUGAAGUGCCGCUUCAAGGUACCGUCCUCAUCGACGCCGAAGGUUCUUUCUAUGAUUUCUAUGUCCGCGAUAUCGACCCCGAAGUCCGGCACUUUCUGCAAGUCAGACACGCCGCAUGCACGCGAUCUUUCGACCAUCCAUUGCAAGAGCAAAAGUGGCUCCGCGCUUUCAAAUCCAGCUUACCAUUCGCCCCGAAUCUCACACACCCCGAGUAUAUCCCUACCCGCCUUCUCCAAUUCUUCGAGAUCUUGCACCAAUAUUUUCCCCUCCACCAGCUCCUGACCUCCGAUUUCCACAGUUUGCCAGGCACCGUGAAGGGUUUCAAUGCGCCUGCGGUGCAGACGCGGUACAAACGGCGGACGGUACCGGUGACGACGCCGUACGUCAUGCAGGGGUACUUUGAUAUCUUAUUCCCAACAAAUUUUGCCAUGAUGGAAGAUCUGUAUCGUGCGGUGACAGGGAAGUUGACGAAAGUUACGAGUCAUGCGGAGUGGUUGAGAAGGUGGGCGUAUACGGAGGAUACCCAGUGUAAGAGCGGGGAGAAUCCUAUGCUGAGUUGGUAUGAAAACAGCUCUGUCAUGCUAUCUACUUAA